AUGAGGGGGGCGGCGACGCCCGCGGCCAACGUGACGAGGCGCCGUAGCGUCUGGAUCCGGCUGGCGAGGAUCGCCCGGAAGGGCGGGAGACACGAGGCCUGGAUCAUGGAGGCCAUCAGGGGACUCUACUGCCUCUUCGAAGUAAGCAAAGUACAGAACGACAACUUCGUGUCGAGGCUCCACGUGCUCACGACCGUUAUGCUGCUGACAUUUUCCGCAAUGGUCUCGACCAAGCAGUCGGUCGGCAAUCCCAUCGACUGCAUCCACUCGAGAGACAUACCGGCGGAGGCGUUCAAUGCUUACUGCUGGAUACACAGCACGUACUUUGUGAAGGGUGCGAUGCUCGGCGUCGCCGGGGUGAACAUAGCGUUCCCGGGGGUCGGGACGAUCGUCCUUUAUCAGCAACGACAGCAGACGGAAAGUCGACGAGCGACGGACGGCUUGACGAGGCAGGUCAAGUAUUACCAGUGGGUGCCGUUUGUCCUCGUCUUCCAGGACUUCUAA